UUAUUUACUUAACGUCACCGCGAAUCGACAUCAAAUCGCGUUUUUCGUGCUGUUCUUCAGAAAUUGUGCUUCUUUCCCUUUUUCCGUGCAAAUAUCUCGUGGAAAAUGCCAUCAAUAGAAGCGGAAAGUGCCCCUGGCACUGGUGAUGCACCAAGAGAUGAGAACAGAACGCUCUCAGGACCGAUAAUCGGAAUAAUCUAUCCUCCGCCAGAGGUUAGAAAUAUCGUUGAUAAGACUGCCAGCUUCGUGGCGAGAAAUGGACCUGAGUUCGAGGCUCGCAUCCGGCAGAAUGAGAUCGGAAAUCCCAAGUUCAAUUUCCUGAAUGCAGGCGAUCCCUAUCACGCCUACUAUCAGCACAAGGUGGUGGAGUUCAGGGAUGGGAAGACCAGCGAUGCCGCCGCCCAUCUGCCGGCGGGGAUUCAGAAGCUCUCUGUGAGCUCAUCGGCGCACCAGAAGCAGCAGGAGCUGCUGAAGCAAGUGGCUGAGCAGCAGUUUGUGCCCAAAGAUCCGCCGUCGGAGUUUGAGUUCAUCGCUGAUCCGCCGUCCAUCUCGGCCCUGGAUCUGGACAUCGUGAAGCUGACAGCGCAGUUUGUGGCCCGAAAUGGGCGGCAAUUCCUCACGAAUCUCAUGAAUCGCGAGCAGAGGAACUACCAAUUCGACUUUCUCCGGCCGCAGCAUUCACUCUUCCAGUACUUCACGAAGCUCCUGGAGCAGUACACGAAGAUCCUGAUUCCGCCGAAGGAUCUGAUGAACAAGCUGAAGAACGAGGCAGCGCCGGGAAAGAGCAGCAUGAGUGUGGUGCUGGAGAGCGCCAAGUAUCGGGCGAACUGGAUUAAGUAUCAGGAGGCGCAGCGCAGGCGCGAGGAGGAGAAGGUGGAGCGCGAGAGGGUGGCUUAUGCCCAGAUCGAUUGGCAUGAUUUCGUGGUGGUGGAGAUUGUCGACUAUCAACCCUACGAGACGGGCAACUUCCCGCCGCCAACGACGCCUGACGAAGUGGGAGCGCGUGUGCUGAUGGAGGAGAGAAUUCACGAGGACAACGACAUAGAGAUGCAGAUCGAAUCGGACGAUGAGUCCAGUGCCCCGUCGUCAGGCGUGAAGCUGUCCACAAUGGAGGAUCGCACGAGCAUCAAGUACACCUCGUCGAAGGACAACAAUCAAGUGCAGGACAUGGAUGAGGCGUCUAGUGAUGAGGAUGAGCGCGGAGGAUCCAAGGCGCAGCCGUCAGUGGCUGCUCCUCUGCCGCCCACGCAUGACAAGGUGGUGGUGAAGAAGUACGAUCCCAAGCAAGUGCACAGCGUGGCGAAGCCCAAUCCUGUGUCGGAUGACUUCCUAAUAUCGCCAAUUACGGGCGAGAAGAUUCCGGCUUCGAAGGUGGCUGAGCACAUGCGCAUUGGAUUGCUGGAUCCGCGCUGGGUUGAGCAGAGAGACAAGCACACGGUGGAGAAGCUGACACAGGACAAUGUGUACGCAGCGGGAACAGCCAUAGAGGCGAGUCUGAAGCAGUUGGCUGAGCGUCGUACGGAUAUUUUCGGUAUUGGCGAUGAGGAGACGAUGAUUGGUAAGAAAUUGGGCGAGGAGGAGACCAAGAAGGACGACCGUGUGACCUGGGAUGGCCACACGUCCAGCGUUGAGGCAGCCACGAGGGCGGCUCGAGCUAAUAUCACCCUGGAGGAUCAGAUUCAUCAGAUCCACAAAGUCAAGGGACUGCUGCCGGAUGAGGAGAAGGAGAAAAUCGGGCCGAAGCCUGUGACUUCGUCUGGCAACAUGGGUUCCAAAGGGCAGCACGGCAUGUCAUCUCAGUCCUCGGCGUCGCAGCCGACAAUUGUGGUGCCACCGAAGCCACCGGUGAUGUCUCACCAGGCGCCGCCGCUGCAACAUCCCCAUCCCAAUCCCGUUCCUGUCAUGAUGAUGCCAAUGCGUCCGCCGCCAAUGAUGCCGUCUCCCUUCCAAGUGGGCUUCUUGCCUCAGAUGGGGCCACCGCAGAAUGCUCCAAUGCCCGGUCCGCCACUCAUGGAGGCGCCACAACAGCCGCCGCCAAUGCAGCAGCCACCGGAUGAUGAGCCGCCGAGCAAGAAGUCCCGCACGGAGGAUCACCUCGUGCCCGAGGCGCAGUUCCUGGCUCGGCACAAGGGCCCCGUCACUAUCCAAGUGCAGGUGCCAAACAUGUCGGAGAAGCCCGAGUGGCGGCUCAACGGACAAACGGUGUCGGUCACGCUGUCGCUCACAGACACUAUCACGGCGCUCAAGAGCAAAUUGCUGGAUGAGACUGGAAUGCCGGCGGCCAAGCAGAAGAUCUCGUACGAGGGGAUGUUCUUCAAGGACUCCAAUUCGGUGGCGUACUACAAUCUGCUGAGCGGGGCGACGGUUCACUUGGCUCUGAAGGAGCGCGGCGGCAGGAAGAAGUAGAUCAAGAAGUAGACACUGUAAUUUGGCAUUUUAUUGGCAAUUAAAUUCGAGACUUCAAUCAUGGA